UGAAGAGGAAAUAUCUGUUUAUAAUGAGAAUACGAUAAUAUGCAAUCAGAAUUGAAGUGAGUGUUGAACAUGGAGAAUGAGAGAGAACAAGUUAAGCAGAAUCUGGGAGUCUUUGAUAUCCUCAAUGAAGCUGUAACAUUCUAUGUCAAAAACAUCAACUUUAUCAUCUUCACCUGUCUAACUUCCCUUCCUUUCUUUCUUCUUAUGGUUUACUUUGAAACCUUGUUCCAGAAAAUCAUAGUUGAGACCCCACAAAUUAUAUCACUCCUACCCUUUUUCGAACCAAGAUAUCAUAGCUUUGUAAAUGGUGGCUUCGCCCGCGUAGACACACCUCGUAAAAGUUUUAGUAAUGAUUAUUUGCCUGUUUUGAUUCAACUUGGAUUGAUUUACUUGGUGCCUCUUCACGUUCUAGAUAUCUGCUCUGCGGUUAUAACUAUGGAUUCGGCUUCAAAGCUAAAGUCAGAAGGGAAUUACAUGAGUCUGAAGGAUAUGUUUAAAAGUUCCAUUGACACGUCAAUAAUGAAAGGCACAUUUAUCACUUCUUUGGAUUUUGGGUAUUACAUAUUUUUUACAGUAAUCUGCUUUGUAGCAUUUACAAAGCUGUUGAUGGUGUAUUUGGAAUGGAGUGCUAUUUGGAAUAUGAGUUUUGUGAUAUCGGUUGUGGAGGGUAUAUAUGGUAUUGGGGCUAUACGAGUUUCAUAUUUCUUCAGCAGAGGAAAUCAGCAGAGAGGAUUACUUUUGAUGUUUGUUUUCUUUGCCUUGGGGCUUUGUUUAAGGUUGUCAUGUGUCUCCCUUCAAUGCUAUAAAAGAGGGUAUGGGAUAUUUAUGCAAAUUGGGCUAUUCACUGUGGUGAAUACGCUCAAAUGGGUGUCGUGUAUGAUUUACUUCCAUGAUUGCAAGGAGAGAAAAAUGGAGAAGAAAAUAGAUGAGGAAUCGGGUAAAGAUCUUGAAAAAUGAUUCAUGAAAUGGUGAAACUUGGAGAAUGGAGAUAACUUGUUGCUGCUUCUAUUUUGGGUCCGAAAUAUGUAGCACUAUUAUUAUCUCAACUUUUUAUCAGAAAUAAAUUGUGAAUAAGGAUUUUCCUCAAUAAAUCUAUUUUAUUCUUCGGUGUACUUUCUAUUUACUUUAUAAGAGUUAAAUAUAUUUUUGAUAUUUAAAUUUUGAUAUUUAAAAGAAAAUGUAUGAUUGAUGGAAAAUAUAGUAAAAGGCA